AGGUGGUUAAUUUAAUGUGGCUGUAAUGUUACCAGUUCAAACUAGUUUUGGAGAAACAAAGGGGAGGGUGACAAAUAAGAGCAAGCGGGCCGGGCUAGAGGUAUUGGAGGACUGUAAAAAAUCUCUUGUGGCUCAGAGUAAGACCUUUAACUCUCGCCAAGAAGUACGAUCAAAGAAAACAAGUAAGUUAUAUGUGUAUUUGUCCAAAUGUAUGGUGAUAAAAUGAUGUUACUUUGUGUCACUCAAUACAACAUUGUCAUUACUCACUUUUAAUAGUUCAAAUAUAUAGUCUCCAACAUCGGAAUCCUCUGAAGAAUAACUGACGUGUCGUGUGUAAUUUCUCAACUGGAGUUAUUCUUCUUGGGAGGUUUAAUUUGUGUGUAGGUUUCAUUAUUGAGUUUUCCUUUUUAGUUGUAUGGUCUUUAAAAUAAUUUAUGCACCAUGUUUUGGCUUUACUGCAUAGAUUCAUAACUUUUGCCAGUAAUGAACACACAACUUUUGUCCUAUACACGCGAUUUGCGCAAAAAGCAAGUGGCACUGCGUAUUGGCAUAAACUUUCGUUAAAUCAAAAACUUUUCGUUUAAUUUUAAAUAUGAAGUCAAGGAUUUGCAAGCGGUUCUGCUUAGGGCUCUGAAGAAUUUGUCGACAAAUUACGUUUUGUUUUAAUAACUGAUUUGCUUUGAGUUUAAUAACUUUAUAAUUAUGUUAGCUAUUUUUUGCACUGUGUGACAACGUCCUCAGGGGUGACACAUUCUAGUGUUGAUGGUAGUGAAGCUACAUAGUUUGAAAGUGUACUUUUACAUGUCUUUGUUCAUGUUAAAGUAAAGCAUAACCAUUUAUUCCACAAUCUUAAUUGUGUUCAUGUGCCAGAAAUAUUUAGCUUUCUGUUUGGGCCAUUGAAUGGUUUCUAUGACCAGAAAACUUCACUUGAACAAUAACUCUAAGUGACUCUGGAUAAGAGCUUCUGCUAAAUGACUAAAAUUAAUAUACAUGUACAUCUCCCCCACCUCAAUAAUAUGACCAUUGAAAUCGACUCUAACCUCAAGUACAUGUAUUCAAUGCUAUCCACUCCACUCAAGAGUUGUUCUCCUUUUCACCUGACCACAAUUUAUGGCUGCCCCGCCUGUCAUUUGCUUUCUCCCCCCAUAUCCAAAGUAGGUGCUGUGUAAGAGGCUGUAAAAUAUUAUUUGCAGUCAGAUAUAACGAUCAAAGCAACAUAACCUUAGAGAGAUGAAAUGGGGAGAAGAUAGUCCUCAGUCUGUUGUUAUCAUUGUUUUUCCAGUUGUAUUUUUGUCUCUUUUAGAAAGUUAUUGGGCACGCUGGAUACAGCUAGUGCCUCAGGGUUAGGUUUUAGAAAGGGAGGAGGGGUAGCAUGGGGCUUCAGAGCUUGGCAGAUGGACCUUGAGGCAAUGGCACAGAUAAUCAGUGGAGAGAAACAGCUUUGAAAAGACAGAGAGAACUCUCCCUGGCUAUUCAAAUGCACCAUUCAGCCUGAUUUCAGCAGAGAUGUAUGGGUGCAGGGCCCCUCUACUAUUCUCUCUCACUGCUCAUGGGUAUGAUGGAGUAUGUUCAUUGGAUAUGUUAACGUGUCGUGAAAUAGGAAGGAAUGUGAAGUAAGUAGGCAAGGGCCACUGUCUCUUUUAGAGAAUAAACCAUUCUGUCAUGACUGCCAUGCCUCAACUAGAAGGGAUAUUAUUUUCACAUCUUUGACGGCAGGGAGGAUGUUUAGCUGUUGACAAUGAAGUUAUAAUAGAUCAAGUGCACUUGCACAGUUGGUCUCUGACGGCCAGAAUCCACCUAUAUUUUUAUAUUUGAUCAAAUAAAGCAUGCGAUUCAGCCAUUUGUUGGCCACUAAGUGUUACUUCCUGAAGUAGGCCAGGACAUUCUGUGUCUUUGUUAACUGUCUUUCUUUAGAGUGACCCUCUACCCUGCAGCGUCUCUCUGAUUGGCCUUAGUGGGCAUUCCAUCCUUUUUUUGCGGUCAGUGGCUUUUCUGAGAAGACGAGGAAUGCUGCUUUGCAGUGAAAACAAGAGUGACUUUACGCUUCAUGCUUUUCAGGUUCAGUGUAGUCCUGCUUUCCGUGUGUUGUUGUUGUUGUUUUGUUGUAGAACUGAUCUAGAUGUGUGUUUGACAGUAACUCUAAUGUUAUCUAUUUGAUCACAGUGGUCUAGGACCAUUAGAUUGUUAGCAAGAGGAAGCACCAUUUGAGUCAAUCGAAUUAUGAUGGUUACGGUAUCUGAUCCAAUUUGACUAUUUGGUUUGCUUUCUGCUAUGCAAUAAAUAUGAUGUUUAUCCCAUUGUGUGAUGGGUAGAUGGUGGUAGUUGGGUGGGUGGGGGGGUUUGAAUAGUGGGUGAUGUUUCAUAAUGACAUGUUUAUGGUUGGGAAAGGAUGAUCUCUUAUACACCCAUACCUAACUAUUCUAACAUUCUCGUUACAGCUGCAUUACUGAUGGAUAAAGAUUACUGGCACGGAUAAAAAUAGCAAUGUUUGUAGGCAUAUUAAGCUAAUUAUUGGGCAUGCUAGCUCUAGUAAGCUGUGGUAUUUUAAGAUGACCUUUCUCCCAAUAUGCUAAGUUCACAUUCAGAUGUGUGGAAAUGUAUGCACUCACUAACUGUAAGUCGCUCUGGAUAAGAGCGUCUGCUAAAUGACUAAAAUGUUUUUUUAAUUGAACAAAGACUCUGCAUGGGAUAUCUGUCUAGUGGCCCUUUAGAAUGGAGUGAAAGGAGACCAGGAAAAGGCUCUGUUUUGAUACAGGGAGUCUGCAUUAGCAAAGAACAAUAAAAGAUUUUGAGGGCGCUCUGGGCCUCACCCUUGGCAAGGCUCAGUGUGUUAGACGAGGCCUGCUGUGUGUUGUUUCAUCAAAGACAAAAGUGUUGCCUGGAGUAGCCCCUCGACAUUUAUGACCAGGGGAAGAAUGUCAUUGGAACUGCUAGCUGGUGCAGAAAAAAGAGCCAGCUUUUUCUUGAAAAUGGGACUCUAUCAUUUUUGAACAGUGAUACAAAAAGAUAGAGAUUCAGUGAGUGGUGGUAGUUGAAAAUGGAGAGUGUCCAGAUAUUUGUGGUUGCUUGGAGUGUUUAGUUAUGCUCACUGGCCACUGACGCUUAAUUACUUUUUUGAGGACAGAAGACAGAUUUACUGGGUCAACAGAAUAUUUUAUCAACUGGCUUGAAGAGGAGCAGUAAGCGUAUGUGCCAGAGGCCCGGCCGGCCUGGCCUGGUGUAGCCAUCACUUUCAUUCGCAGUCCUUUUGAUGAGCAGUCAAAUAAAGAACUAACACUUUCAGAAGCCAAUUGUAAAGUUGCCUGAUAAAAUGAUCGUGCCUUGGUAGAUUCUCAGGUAGACCAGCUGCCCUUCAGUAGUGAGUGGAUGGCUGCCACUUAUGGCAUUCUGCCUCACACAGUACGAGGCUAUAGUUCAGAGAGGUGAUAACCUCAAAUGGAUUGGACUUUUUCAGUGAGUUGUUGAUUCAUCAGCUGUGGCUGACCUUUCUAUCCAGGACUGCCCGCAGGCAGGGAAAGUUCAAUGUGAGCAUACAGCAAUGUGAGUGGAUGUGGCUGCCAUCUCUGCUUAGCUUCUGGACAUAUUGGCUCAGGCACAAACCAAUAAAACAAAUGUUGCUGUUAGAUGAGUUUGCGUGGGCGACGGGCAUUUCACAAGGGUGCUGUUCAUCAGAGACUUCCCAGCAAACCGGGAACAUUCACAGAACAUUAUCUAAGAUUCCUGGGGUUGGUGUGUGCUGAGGAAAGGCUCAUAAAGGAGUAAUAAAGGCCUAGUUCACAAAUGUAGUUGAAAAUCUAUUUAUAUAAAUUUUUAGAUAUAUAUUUUUUAUUUACAUUUAUCAGGGGGUGCUGCAGCAUCCCUGCUUCCUGUGGCUAUGUCCUUGGAAUGUUCUCCCAACAUUCACAAACAUUUUCUUUACAACAUCUGUAAAAACUAGCACAGAACAUUCCCCUAAGGUUCUCAUUAGGUUGCCAGGGAAUGUAAUAACACAAUGUUCCGGUAAUGUUCUUAGAACAUACUGCCACAACAAAAUGUGGGAACAAUAGAACUGGUUCUGAGGAAACAUUACAGGAACGUUCUACUAAUGUUGAUGGAUAUGUUAUUCAAAACACCCAUAACAACAAGCAGGGAAUAUUCCUACAAUGGUCUCAAAAAGUUAUAGUGUGACAUUAUGAAAUGAUGGUUCUAAUAACGUUCCCUGAAAAUACUUAAGCAAUAAAAUGUUGGAGCAAUAGAAGUUGUUCUUAGAAAACAUUCCUGGAAUAUUCAGCUAAUGUUGAUGGAGAUAUUACUACUAACACCUAUAACAACAAACAAGAAACAUUCCUGCGGGACUCUAUUCUGUAAGGUUAUGACAUGAUGAUCCAGAAUUGUUCUAAAAAACAUACUUCAACAAUAAUGCUAAUAUUGAUGUGUAAUGUAACAUUAUUAUACUGUAUGAAGUUGCCAAACUUUUAAACAAAUGGCAUUCCUAUCUUCUUACAUCAUUAUAUUUUUUUAGGGUAUUGUCCAAACAAAGCUAUAGCUUUUUUCAAGAAUGGUAAUGAAGUAGAUUUGAACCUGCGAUCUGCCAUCUUCAAGCCCUGUAGGCUACUUAGUUUGCUGCACCACCAGGAUCUUAAUAUUUCUAGUGGAUCCUUAAAUUAUGAUCCAAACUAUGGCUACAGUAUAUGUCUUAGUACAUAUGCACAUCUAUGUACACCGCUCCGCAAUCUGCCAGGAAAUAAUUGAACAAGAAUUCUGAAAUCAAGUUUGCCCCUCCUGUAGCUCAGUUGGUAGAGCAUGGCGCUUGCAACGCCAGGGUUGUGGGUUCGAUUCCCACGGGGGGCCAGUAUGAAAAUGUAUGCACUCACUAACUGUAAGUCGCUCUGGAUAAGAGCGUCUGCUAAAUGACUAAAUGUAAAAUGGAGGGAAAAUGAAAGUAAAAACGUCCCAACUAUACAGCAUAUAAAGAUAAUUGGUAGAGAAAUAAAUAAUAGAGGAUACUUAUUUUUCUAGAUUUUGUUAUCCUAUCUUUUGCAAAGAUAAAGACCACAACCUGGAAGUCAGAGUAAAGGUGUAAACAGCUUUAUAUUUGUGUUAGUCACAUCCCAGUGGCGCAGUGGAUUAAUUCCAAGGAUAACACUCCAAAGCCCAGGUUUGAUCCCUGCUUGCAACUAUCAACCAAAUACGGUAGAAUCAAAUCCAAAUAAUUGCCAUAUGUGUUUCUACAUGGAUUGUUGUACAAAUAACACUAACACAUGAAAGAAACCUCUAUCGACUGUUCAAUACUUAAUUUGAUGACAUUGAGGGAAUGUUUUGUGCACCCUGAUACAAACAUUGUAAGAAUGUCAUCAAAACUGGACAGAUUUUGUGUUUUGGGAACCUAUCUUAUCAUAUCCCCACAAUGUUCCCAUAACCUAAAUACAUAUUUUAGGAACUAUUAAAGAACAUAAAAAUGUGUUUUGGGAACGUUCUUGCAAUAUCAGUUGAAUGUUUUUUCAACCUAAUAGAAACAUUGUAAUUAUCAGCACAACUGGACAGUUUAUAUGUUUUGGGAACAUAUUUCUUGCCAUGUCCCCACAAUGUUACCACAACCUAAAGAAAUGUGUUUGGAACUUUUAAAGAACAUAAAAAAUGUGUUCUGGGAACGUUCGCGUAACAUCAGGUGAAGGUUUUUUGCAUUCUAAAAUAAACAUUGCAUAAUCAUCCGCACAACUGGACAGUUUUUGUGUUUUAGGAACAGAUCUUUUGUCAUGUCCCCACAAUGUUCCCACCAGACUGUUCCCACAAUCUAAUGAAACAUUAUGGGAACCUUUAAAGAACAGACAAAUGUGUUCUGGGAACAUUCUUGCAACAUCAAGCAAAUGUUUUAUGCAAACAUUGUAUAAUCAUCAGCACAACUUGACAUAUGUUGUAUGAUGAGAACAUUUGCCGCAACCUAACAAAUGUUCUGGGAACUUUCACAGAACCAAUUUUGGUUUGCUGGGUUGGCAUCUUAGUUUGUGUUGUAGGAAGAUUCAUUGUAACAUCCACAUGACAUAUCGUGAACAGCCCAGAAUGUGACAUCUUAGUUUCCUGCUGCUGUGUGAUCUCAAUUCUUUGUUCUCGAUGCCUUCAGUGUUUGUGUUCCACUAGGACACUAGUAGGAUUUGUGCAUUUUGCCAGUCGUUAAUGAGGGGGUCCUAAUUAAUCAUAACCAAUAAUCAGGCUAUGGCACAGAAAACACAUCUUGUGCCUUGAAUGUUGAUUGUAUGUCACAGAAAUAAACGUCAUAAUAUUCCAAGCACUUCUUUGCAUAGCGAGAAGCAAUGUUUCUGUUUUUAUUACCCUGGGAAGCAGAUUGAUUGAAUAGGGCCGCUAAUCUUUUGAAGGGAAAGCAUUAAAUACUUUUAGAUUCCCACCACAAAAUCAAGGAUUUGGUAUUAUAGGCAACCUUGUUUUGAAGUCAGAUUCCUGGAAUGAAAAGAGUUACUCUUUGUGGGUGUUCUUCAAACUAAUACAAGACCUGUCUGUCCCGGCACAUCUCGGAGCUCUUCUAACCCAGACAGAGGCAUGCAGUUCCCCUGUGUCCCCCAGAAGAAUGGCUUCAAACCAAGCCUCUUCCAUCGCGCUCUCCCUGUCAGGGCGGCCCCUAUCACCUCCCAGCAGGUGGGUUAGCCUUCACCAUGGUGAUCUGGUGCUGCCUUCCAUUCCCUGCUGCUAGCACUGGGGACUGUUGGCAGAAAGAAUAGACAUUAACUCAAUUAAGUCAGAGAAUAAAUAGAAAUUCAGAACUUGAGAUAUGCCUUAUAGACAACCAGACAUUUCAGAAAUGGAGGGCUAUUACUUUAUCUAUGAGUUACUGCCCUCUUCUUUCGAACUAGACUCUUAAAGCUGAAAUCUGUAAAGGGGGAAACAGUGCCACUGUUCGCCCCAGCGCCUUUGUUUUUAGGGGUUUAGCAGAAACUUACCUCAAACAACAUGACCAGCCUAGCAAAUCUGUAAAGUAUGGCUACAUUGUGGCACUAUUGGACAGGAAAAAACAUUAAUGCAAGCUCAUUGGCUCAUAGCGGCCAUAUUGUUUCAGCUAGUCUUGCAUCCAUAGAUGCUAUAUACCAAAUUUGGUCCCGAUCGGUCCAGCGGUUCUGGAGUAGAAGAUGUAAAAAUGAUCCAAAAUACAUCAAAAGCAUAUUGUAUUGCAUGAUCAGUUUCAUUUUGAGUUCUGAUAUUUGGCAAUCAUGGUAAACAGUACCGAAGUAACUUGUCCUAGGGCUAUGUGUCCAAUUUUUUCCUGAUGGUGGCACAGUGGGCCCAUUGCUGAACCCCACCAUGCAAUGACCAUUAUACAUAAAGAUGGGAAGCGCCAUUGUGACAAUAAGAUGACAUGAGUUGUGUUCAAUGUGUCAUCAACAUGAACAGGAUAGAUUUAUGUUUUCAAACAAAAUGAAAUGUUGUAUUUUGUUUGGUGUUCAUGUUGGAAAAUGUGUUGUUUUGUGUAAGGGGAAGUGAAAGAGUGGAGUGGGCUAGCUCAUGACCCAUUGAUCCGCAUUGCUGGUUGUGUGUGCCUCAAAGUUUGUCUGAUUGACCCUAAAUUGAGUCAUGAGAGCAUAGGAAAAAAAUCUAUACAAUCUUUCAGCCGUCUCACAUAUAUUUUCCCAGUUCUCACUCUCACAGGCUCGAGUGUCAAGCUUUAAAACUGUUUAAUGUAAUGAGUUUUGUACAACAUGAUGUGUUUUGCUCUUUGACCAUAAUUCCUUAUUCACCUUUUACCUCUAAAGUAGAGUUGUAAUGUGCAGACUCCUCAUGAACGGACAUGUGAAUUAGUUUGAUAUAGCUGGCAAUUAUCAAUAUUUGACCUUGAUCGUGAUCUUUCAACUCUCAUCUCGAUUAUAGAUACACACCAGAGGAACAUCAGAUUGACCUUUGGAACAGCAGAUGUCACCUCAAAUGACACACAAUAUGCCCUACAGAAUGGUAACAUUAUUUCUAGUGCCACAAUUGUAAUGGAAUGUUUUUUUUUUCUUUUCCCUCUUUUUUUAAUUUUCUCUCCAGUAUGCGGGGUUUGUUCUCAACAGUCGUGGUGCUUCUGGUGGCCUUGAUGAUAGUCACCACUGAAGCAGGCAAAAAUAAGAAAGGUAAGGGAUUUGCUAUGUAUUGCUUUAAUUUGCCGUGCACAGUUUUAGAAUUAGCAUAGCAGUUGCACCUUUCAUGAGGUUCAUAAAGCCUCAGUUGGAAACCUGUCCUUACUAAUUGUAAUAUUGCUGAUAUUAUUUAUGUCGGUAUAUAUUUUUUCAUAAUUGCAACUUGAUAUUUUUGUUUCACAGAGAAGGGGAAAGGGGCCAAGGGUGGUGCCUCUGACUGUGCUGAAUGGCGCUAUGGUAGCUGUGUGCCUAACAGCGGAGACUGUGGAGUCGGUGUCAGAGAGGGUACCUGCAACGACCAGAUGAGGAAACUGAAAUGCAAAGUACCUUGCAACUGGAAGAAGGAGUUCGGCGGUAGGAAUUAGACAUUGAUAUAAGAUUCCAUUUCCCUUGAUAUACCUUAUAAUUUCUCAAAGUGUAAAGUGGUGGUCAGUCAAUCAGAAAUAUAGCAAACAUGUAAUUCAUAGGUUACUACAUAAUUAUAAUUUUAUCAUGUCAUUUCUUAGUAAAUACCUAGUAAUUUACAUAACCACAAAAAACGACAGAACUAUUUAUUUAGAAUCAAUUAUGUUCAGACUGUUUUAUGAUAGACUGACGACUCACACUAAAUUAUUCCGCUGCUCUGUCGUUCACAACAUACUUUAGUCUGAGACGGCCAUCAUUGAAGUUGUUUGUGGUGACGAGGGGCACGAGGGGCGUUGUGCAAAGCAAAGUCAUCAGCGAUUGGAUCGUCUCUAACCAAUAAGAGUAUCAAAGCCAAUUACGUUUUUUCAAACCGCUGCUUUACCCACGUGUGUUCUGGCUCUGGCCCAACCCAUCGGUUUUUGGACCAAUCAGACGGCACGAAUGUGUUCGCAUUCGGUGAAGGGUCGGGGAGGUACUCAGAUCCAGACUCAUUGCGGGGAAGAAACGAACGUACGUGGGCGUGGCGUAGCGUUUGGCCGGAGCAAGGAGUCUGGGUAGCCAUGCAAGCUCUAUGGUGGUGUGUUCCAUACUCAACUGUUUUCCCUUCUGACCUGUGCCGUUUCAGCUGACUGCAAGUAUAAGUUUGGCAGCUGGGGGGAGUGUGACACAGCUACUGGAUCCAAGAACCGGUCUGGAACCCUGAAAAAGGCCCUGUACAACGCAGAGUGCCAACCCACCAUCAAGGUGUCUAAGCCAUGCCCCUCAAAGACCAAGACCAAGGCCAAAGGUAAUGUAAGAAGUAGAAAUGUAAGUAAUGUAAUAAAGUAAAAUUCCUAUCCACAAAUGAGUAUGUCAUAUUGAGCAAGGAAUCUAUGAUGAAUUGACCCUAUUGUUUGAUCAUUUUUUAUUGUCUUCCUACAGGAAAGAAGGGAAGGGGGAAGGAGAACUAAAAGGUCCACAUUGAACAAGUGAUUGGUUUGAUUUUAUUACGCAAUAUCCUUUGCUUUUUCAACAAACAUAAUAUGCACAAGUGAAUUAUGAGAUGUCAAGUGGGCCUUUCCUUCAAAUACAGUAUAACAAAUGCUAAACGUCUCUGAAUAUUGACCAAAUAUCCCACAAACACCAUUUUUUUUCACAUAUUUCCAGGUGUCGGUGGCCUGGCAAUUUGGCCUGCUUGUGUUCUGAUAAUUCCAUAGUGUUAGUAGGUUCCAGUUCUGGACAUGCUGUAUUAUGCAAGAUAUGCAAGAAACAGAUACUUUGACCUCACCUGUGUUCUAGAUCUACCUAAACCUUGUGAUGUACAACAUUUUCCAGAGUUUGUUGUAUUUUUUGUAUGCUCUCAGUUCCUUUACAUUAGUUCAACUUGAGUCAAGGCAAAGCUCCUUGUUUGAGAUUAUUUCUUAACCAGUAGAUCGUUUGAUAUACUUGAGUUUUUUUAAUUAAAAAUGUUCAUCUUACAUUGUUGUGAUUGUUAUAGUUUUCUCUUGACUACCAAUUAGUAUUACUAACAUAAUUGAUGAGUGGAUUUCAAUUGUGUGUGCCAAUUAGUAAAAGUACAGAGAUGCAAAUCAACUAUUUUUCUAGUAAACUGAGGACUGUCAGCUCAACGUUUUUCAUGUACAAUACAAAGCUGAGCUUGAAUGCUCAAGAGAAUGCAGUCAUUGUCUUUGUAAAGAUAAUAGUGGUAUUGUUAAAACAAUUAGUUUUAUAAUAUAUACUUCAAAAGGUGUCUGGCGAUUUUGAGUGAACUGCUGUGUUCAUAUUUUUGCAAACACACAUACACACACCUUCACACAGUUCAUCUGUACUCUCAUUUUUAUAAUUACUGUCAUUAUUAUUCCACAAACCCUUGGAACAGAAAAGAAUCAACCACUUUAAAUAAACUCUCAGAAUUUUGA